AGUAAUCGCAACUCGCUGACUCGCUCUCUUCUCUUAGUUACACAUAGCAUUCUCUGCAUUUUCUCCUUCGAUCACACUCUCUCACUCUCUCUCUGAAUCUGCCUGAAGUUGACAGGGAUGUCAGAGAAAGCUCUUAGGGAUCUCAAUACAAUUCUUGGAACUGAAAGGAAGAGUGAGAGCUCUGGUAAGGCAUGUUUAACCAAGCCUUCCGUUGAUAAUGCUGAUGAAAAUAUUGAAGAAUGGCAAAAGAAAAAAAAUUGUUCCUCCUUAGUUUCUCCACCUGUUAAUGGAAGUCAGACUGUGACUGCGAACUCUGCUGUAGAGAUUGGAAAUGUAGAAGUAGAAUACAUCGAAUCUGAGAACUUGAAUGAUCUAGAAGAUAUUGAUACUUGUCUCAAGACCCUCUUAGCUGGACUUGACUCAAAGGAUUGGAUUCUGGUUUGUGAUGCACUAAAUAAUGUACGCCGUUUAUCCAUAUUCCAUAAGGAAGCAAUGCUUGACAUGCUGGGGGAUGUGAUCACAUUUAUUGCGAAGUCCCUGAAAAAUCCUAGAAGUGCUGUUUGCAAAACUGCCAUUAUGACAUCUGCUGACAUCUUCAGUGCAUAUAAUGAUCUUAUAAUAGAUUCAUUGGAUCCUCUGCUAGUACAGCUUCUUCUCAAGUCUUCGCAGGACAAACGCUUUGUAUGUGAGGCAGCUGUAAGAGCCUUGGUAGCAAUGACUACUUGGAUUUCUCCUAUUUCUUUGUUACCAAAAUUGCAACCAUACCUUAAGCACAAGAAUCCUCGUAUUCGUGCAAAGGCAUCAAUGUGCUUUUCUCGAAGUGUUCCACGGCUGGGUGCAGAAGGCAUAAAGACAUAUGGGAUUGACAAAUUGAUCCAAGUAGCUGCAUCCCAGUUGAGUGACCAGCUCCCUGAGUCCAGGGAAGCAGCUCGAACUCUACUUCUUGAGCUUCAAAAUGUGUAUGAGAAAUAUCACGAUCUCAUGCCAGCUACAGAGGUUGAGCAUCCAGAGAUGGGAUCUUGGGAAAACUUCUGUCAAUCAAAACUUUCUCCUUUAAGUGCCCAAGCAGUACUUCGAGUGACCAGUAUUGCUCGAGAGGGUCUUGUUUCAUGACACAUGCAUGAACUACAGUUAGUGUACUUCAUUAUUUGCUGGUUUGCUUGUCCUUUUCUUCUGUAAAUACAUUGCGACAAUUGAGAUGAUUUGAGUUGCUGUCGGAGCACGUAUUCAGUCCAAGAUUUAUGAUGAUGUAUUUUCCCCCCUAGCUGUGGUUACUUAUGCCACUUUUGAUUGAUAUUUGACAUAUAUAAAUUACGUUACUUCACUG